AUGGUACAAACACGAUGGGAUGAGGUCAGGAGCUGGGCCAGUUGCCAGGGAGAUCGAGUGGAAGCAGCAAUGUUGUCCCUUCGUUUGGAGCAACAGGAUUUGCAGGAUCUACAGGAAUGGCUGGAGGAAACAGCAGAGUCACUGAGUCAGAGAGAUCAGGAGGUUCUCCCCGAAAACACUGGGCAGCUGGAGGAGCUGCUAACCCAGCACUCAGUUUUAUUGGAUGAAUUGAUGGGAAAGAAAACAGAAAUCGAGAGAAUAAAGAAACCAACUUCCCACAAUCUGGACGAUCAUGGUCAGGUUUUUCCACAGCUUUCCUCACCUGGGGACGGUCACUGUUGGAGAUCUCAACCCCACCUUCCUCGAAGCGCUGACUCCUCAGAUGCAGCGAGCCCUUUGGUUACCCAUCUCCUGGGAAAGUGGGAGCAGUUAUGGACACGAGCAUUAGACAGACAGGCCCGACUACAAGAGAAAGUCCAGAGACUUUACGAGCUCGAAGCUCUGGAGACCUUCAGCUUUAACACGUGGAGGAAGCGAUACAUGCAGUGGAUUAGCAGCAAGAAAUUCCGAAUGCUGGACAUUUUCCGAUAUAUUGACAAGGAUCGAGAUGGACGAAUCAGUCAGCAGGAGUUUACACAGAGUGUUCUUGACUCCAAAUUCCCCACGAGCUCUGUGGAGAUGGAGGCAGUUGCUGCCAUUUUUGACCUGAAUGGUGAUGGAUUCAUUGAUUACUACGAGUUUGCUAAUGCACUACACCCGAGCAGAGACCACCAUCGGAGAACUGAGGAUGAAGACAGGAUUGAAGAUGAGGUUUGCCGCCAGGUUGCUGAAUGUAACUGUGCCCAGCGAUUCCAGGUGGAACAGAUCAGUGCAAACAGAUACCGGUUUGGUGACUCUAAGCAACUGAGGAUGGUACGGAUUCUCCGCAGUACGGUGAUGGUGCGAGUGGGAGGGGGGUGGAGUCCACUCGAUGAGUUCCUCGUGAAGAAUGAUCCUUGCAGAGUGAAAGGUCGGACCAACCUUAAAAUUAAGGAGAAGUACCUGGUUCCUGACAGCUACGGAAUUGGGACAGUGAAAUCUGGGAACCAGACACGGCCCCACUCCCAAGGGGGUUCUCCAAGCCGGAAGAACGCAAGUGUGGCCUCCUUCAACUCAGCACCUAACAGCCCACUACCACGAAAGGAAAGACAGAAAAGCCUGAAAAAGGAGUGA